CCGGGGGCGGGUCCCGGGCCGUGGCGGGAAAAGCGGCAGCCGUGGCGCCACUUCCGAGACGCUGAGAGGGUUGAGGGGUUCCCUGCCGGCGUGUGGUGUCGCCAUGGACGCGACCGAGGUGGAGUUCCUGGCGGAGAAGGAGCUGGUUACCAUCGUCCCUAACUUCAGCCUGGAUAAGAUCUACCUCAUCGGGGGCGACCUGGGCCCGUUCGACCCCGGCCUCCCCGUGGAAGUGCCGCUGUGGCUGGCCGUCAGCCUGAAGCAGAGGCAGAAGUGUCGCCUGCUGCCGCCGCCCUGGAUGGACGUCGAAAAGUUGGAGAAGAUAAGGGAUCAUGAACGAAAGGAAGAAACUUUUACCCCAGUGCCCAGCCCUUACUACAUGGAACUCAGCAAACUCCUGCUAAAUCAUGCUUCAGACAACAUUCCCAAAGCAGAUUCGAUCCGGACCCUGAUCAAAGAUCUGUGGGACACGCGCAUGGCCAAGCUCCGUGUGUCUGCUGACAGCUUUGUGCGACAGCAGGAGGCACACGCCAAGCUGGAUAACUUGACCUUGAUGGAGAUCAACACCAGCGGGGCCUUCCUCACAGAGGCGCUCCAUCACAUGUACAAGCUGCGCACCAGCCUCCAGCCUUCUGAGAGUGCCGCGUCGCAGGACUUCUAGAGCAAGGCCUGUGGUUUCAGUGCGCAGGAGGGGGCCUGGCACCUGCCGCCUGGAGGCCGGCUGGGUGAUGUGAGUGCCUGCUCAGGAUGUGACAGGUACUUACGGUUCUAGAGUUUUAGACAAAAUUUUUGAAUGAAAAACAUGUAAUGCUUCUAGGAAUGAAUUUAAAACACAAGUGUGAAAAAAACAAGUUUGUGAUUAAUCUGCAGAACUCUGUUCCCUUGGACCGUCCAUUCCCCAUCCAAUUCUAGGAGCCAGCUUUUCUUCUGUGGGGUAAAGGAAGAAGCUUUAGGCAAGAAAGUUCUUCCUAGCAGAGCUGUGGGUCUCCUGUGUGAACUGGUGGAUACACAGGCAUAGUGAUGUGGCGGGGGCUUCUCCCUUUCUCCAUCCUGGUUUCGUGGCUACAGUUAGUGUCUUACAGACGUGGCUCACACAGGACGACAGCUGAUCAGUGGCUGGUGAUGCUGACCUCUGUUUAUCAUCCAUCCCAAUCCACAAUAAAAAUGUGAUCAGCUUGAUUCUGUCCGGUA